ACAUAUACAAAGCUGAAGUUGUUGCUGAUGCUCUAUGAGAAGAUACAUGGUGAGCAGUCAGGAUAUAAAUUGCACCACAGACAAGAAUUUGAGCUAGAAAAGGCCAUCUUUCUCUGCCACCUGUUAGAGGACCACAGAAGACCAGUGCAGGGGAGGCAGAGAGCAGGGCACCCCAGCUACAUUUAUAAAAGUCUCUCAAGAAAGCCAGCUCAUGAAGGCAGCAGUAACUACCGUGAGAUACUUAAGAGAGCCCAGAGUGCCUCCCACUCAUUUAAGAACACCCGAGGAGAAAAGCGAAAGCAGCCUUCAGGCAAUGGCCCCUGUAACACUGUUGCAGUUGGAGACACUUGUCAGAGCAGCUCUCUGAAAAUUUGUCACUCCUUCAACACUCCCUAUGCAGGCUGCUCUGAGUCAUGUGGGUCAAACGAGUCGUCGCCUGCCAAAUGCAUGGACAGAAAUAUGGAGAAUGGCACCGACUAUAGGUUUCUGGUGCAUCAGAACUGUGAACUCUUGCAAGCACUCGAUGAACUGGAGAAGACCUGCAUCACACUGAGGGAGGAGAAUGGCCUGCUGCGGAAGAGCAGCAUUCCAGAGACUGGGGAGAAGGUCAGGCAGCUGAGGAGAAAAAAUACAGAGCUGGCUGUUCUCGCUAAGAGGCUGGAGGAGAGAGCUCGAAAACUGCAGGAGGCCAACCUCAAAGUGGUAAAUUCCCCAUCACUGAUGAGAGCCGGGUCAGUGGAGCAGUACAAGAGGGCGUUUGCCCAUCAGCGAGCUCGGGACCUUGCUCGGCAUGCCGAUGCACUGUUGUCGAAAGACAAAGAGAUUGCUGCCCUACAGCAGGAGUGCAGAGAGCUGGAGGCACGACUGGGCACCGUUAAGGGCUCCUCUCUUCCAUCUGGCAGAGUGGAAAUUGAGAAGCUUCUCAGAGAGUCUCAGAGGGAGGUGCUACGGCUCCAAAGGCAGCUGUCGGUCACAUCAUCCAGACAGCAGCACAGCCAUAGUCCCGACCCUGGUGACCUCGAGGACGGGGGGGAGAAGGUUGUAGCAGAGACGCCGUGUGUGGCAUUAUAUGAAGCCCCAUCCAGGUGUGAGAGGACCCCCGGAGACGAGGAGGAGUCGGGGCCGCAAGUGACGCCCCUACCGGGCCUCAACCCACCCCCCUGCCCUCAGGAGGACCACACCACGGAGCAGUGCCUAAAGUUUCUGGAAAGUGAGCUGAGCAAGAAGAGAAAAGAAUGUGAAAGCCUUGAGCAUGAAAUAAAGAAGCGACAGAAGAGAUGUCUGGAUUUGGAGAGCCAGCUUGAGAAUGAGCAAGGCAAAAAUGAGCAACUAAAGGAAGAGGCAGAUCUCCUCAGACGGAAGGCACAGUUGCUCAAGCAGACUCAGGCUGAGAAUGAGGAGCUGAAGGAAGAUCUCUCUGAAGUGACCGCUCAACACAGUCUGGUUCUCGAGGAGAACCAGAGACUCCGUGCCAAACUGGAGAACCUAGAGCAGGUCAUAAAGCAAAUGCGAGAAGUCGCCGAGCGAAGGCAGCAGCUGGAAUUGGAACAUGAGCAGGCUUUGGCUAUCCUUAAGUUCAAACAGGAUGAAAUCAAACGAUUACAGCGGGCUCAGUUAUUUGCCAAGAGGGAGCAUGAAGGAGUGGUUCAGAUGCUGGAGGAACUGACUCAGCUUGUGUUGCGGAGGGAGCUGUCAAAGGUACGAGAGCUGGAGGAGAAAUGUCGCAGCCAGUGCAAGCAGUUUGGCCUGCUGUCCCAAGAGCUGGAGAGGUUUCGACUGCAGGCCACAAAGGUGGACCUGGCUGGCUCUAGCCUCCUCAGCAGUCCCAGUUUCUCUGUUCUGACCAAUGGAGUGGGCCUGACUACUGAACAAGACUGCAUAGGUGGCUCACUGGACAUGGUGUCUCUGGGUGAAAUAGCCUUCUGGAGUCUCGAGGGAGGUGACACUCUCUCCUGCCCUGAGGAUGUGGCCACUGCACUGCAGAUGGGGGCCACCCCCCAUGUUGCAGGGCUGGCCAGGUUGGAGCGCUCGUCUGUCACCAAGCACCGAGAGCUGCCCACCAUCAGUGUCAGCAAGUCAGGUUCUUCUUCCAGCAAGUCAGAAACCACACACCUCACUCCCAAGUCUGACACCCACCUCAGUCCGCAUAAGUCAAGCUCAACACGGGAGGUAGACACUGCCAGCGAAGUAGAGGAGCUGGACACUGAUGUGGCCCCAACACCUUACACAACCAGCAGCGGAGCAGCAAAGCUUCAGGUUUUCAUUGCAAGAUACAGCUAUAAUCCUUACGAUGGCCCCAACGACAACCCUGAUAUGGAGCUACCACUCACUGCUGGAGAGUACAUCUAUGUGUAUGGAGACAUGGAUGAUGAUGGCUUCUAUGAAGGUGAGCUGAUGGAUGGUCGGAGAGGGCUGGUCCCCUCUAACUUUGUGGAACGUGUAUCAGAUGAGGAUGUUAUGAGCACUCACCAUCCAGAGACAGGGGACAUGUCACAUAACUUCCUGCUAGACAGCAGCUUGCACAGUGCCAGCCACCAGCAUCACCUCCACAUGGGUGUCAGUGCUUCAGAAAGGACAGAGGCCCCUGCUACCUCUGGCCCUGCCUCUGCCCCCUUGGAUUCAGCACCAGCCUUUGCUAUCCCAGCCCCCCUCACCAAUGGCCUGGACUUGGAUUUGGAGGAGGUGGGAGUGGACACUGUGCCUUACCCACGAAAGCUCACCCUCAUCAAGCAGCUUGCUAAGAGUAUCAUUAUCAGCUGGGACCCUCCAUUGGUGCCGGCUGGGUGGGGCAAUGUGUGGAGCUACAAUGUGUAUGUGGAUCAGGAGCUGCGGCUCAGUGUGCCCUUCGGUGCCCAGACCAAAGCGGUGCUGGAGCGGCUAGACAUAAAUCACAAGGCCUACCGUGUGUCAGUACAAAGCCUGACAGAGAAGGGUCUGUCAGACCAACUGCACUGCAGCAUGCUAGUUGGUCGGGACGUCUGUGUGGCACCUACACAGCUGCAUGUGGAGAGGAUCUCCGCCACCUCUGCCAACCUGACCUGGCUCUCCAGCAACAGUAACUACGUGCACAUUGUAUCUUUGAAUGACAAGGAGUGUGAACUGGUGAAGGCUGGCUGCUACUCACUGUGCCUCAAUAACCUCUUGCCCAACGUGCAAUACACAGUCAAAGUGGAGGCACGGCCACACCACACACCAUGGGAGUUACCUGUGGAGCAACGUGAACACAGAAGCGCUACAGUCACCUUUACCACACUAAUGGCAGGUCCCCCUGAUGCUCCUCUGGAUGUACAGCUAGAGCAGGGUCCUUCUCCUGGGAUUGCCCUCAUCAGCUGGCUCCCAGUCACUAUAGAUGCUGCUGGGACCUCCAAUGGAGUCCGGGUCACUGGGUACACUAUAUAUGCUGAUAAGAAAAAGGUGCUGGAGGUGUCUUCACCAACGGCUGGCAGUGCCCUGCUGGGCCCCUCUCAGAUCCAGUCCCUGCAGGCAGCUCAGGAGCUCACUGUUCGCACCAUGUCCGCCUACGGGGAAUCCUGUGACUCUUUGCCAGUUAAUGUGCCGUCCAAGCUUGCUGCCAUCAUGGCAGGCCCAGCUGUCACCACCCCAGCUGUGCCACCCCUGCUGCCCUGUGCUCCACUAGGUCCCAGUAAACUGCCCCCACCACCGUCCUAUGUGAACUCUACUGCCAGCGUCUCCAUGCUGCCCAGCACUUUGCCAUCCCACACACGCAUCAUUGGCUACACAGUGGAGGCUGCUGCCAACCCUCCUCGUGCUCUCCACUCACAAGAUUUUCUCUCAUCUUCCUCAUGUGUGAAGGCCUGGUCCAAUCCCUCAUCUGCUGCUGCAUGCAAGGCCACAAUACCAGAAGCCUCCACCAUCACUUCACUGGAUAAUCUGGCCCCCCUCACCAUGUCAGCAACUCAGCCAUCUCCAGCAGCAGCAACAGCACCUGCACCAGCAUCGGUAACGACAGCAACAGUGUUGGAGCAGUGCAAAGACACAGAGAGCCCUGGUACAAUACGUCCUUUCCCAUCUAUCACAGAGUUCAUCGACAACCCCGGUGCCAAGCUCGAGACCCCUGAGCACAUCCCUACCCCACCCAAAGCUCCAGUCACAGACCUCCUUAACCCUCAGAAUGCUAACCUCCUCCGACCGCCCAGCACUUCACCUCUGGAGUCAGAUGUAGAGGAGGAGCAAGAGAAGGCUCGCUUGGUGUCCAUCGAGGAGUUUUUUAGACACGACCAAGAGCCAGCGUACUGCAGGAGGCAGCAGAGUUAUGGCAGAGGGCUGGUGGAGCCUUCCAGUGACUACCAUCCAGACAACAGCCGCUCUGACCUGUCUGACAUCCUGGAGGAGGAGGAGGAGGAGGAGCUCUACUCCGAGCACCUUGGGGAAGUGCAGGCCAGGGGCUACACAAUUGGAGCUAACUGGUCAUGCACGUUGGAGCCUCCAGACAGUGAUGAGGAAGUUCUUGAGAGGAUCCUGAAGUUGCCCCCUCAGGUCUACCACAGUAAGCAGCUGCUCAGCACCCCUGAGGAGGACAGCAGUCAAGAAGAGCUUUUAACCCGCCAUAGUCAGCCUCAGCCCAGGCCUGGCCAUCUAGAUCCUAGACCCCUAACCAAAGAACCUUUACCCAGACAGAGGCCCUUGCAGGUCAAGCCUAAGACACAGCACAAGGUGCACUGCGCAGGCACAGUGGAUACGAUCAGCUAUCCUAAAGAAGAAAACAUUAGUUUAUAUGAGUGUCCCACCAAGAGGCAGGUCUCAGCCCGCUGUCCUCCCCUGCCAACCCACAACAGCAGAGAAAGAGUACUGCUCGAAAGGCUAGGGGACCGCCUUAGGAGGGAGGCCAUGCUCAGGAGCCAGGAGGCUGCAGCUGCAGCAGCAAACCUCAGCCAUCGCCUUACUUCACCAAGACCCUACCCGGUCAGCAAAGUAGCACAGACUCUGAGGCCACCCGUUGGUCAUGAGGUGGAGAUCGAUGUGGAGUACAGCACAGAUGACAACGAGGAGCCCGUGGACUACAAUCCUGAGGAGGUGGUGGUGCAGCAGAUGAGCUCUGAGCGGUGGAAGGAGGGGGCUCAAACAGCGCACUGCAGACUUCCUCACAACCAAGGGCUGAAGGCUGAUCCACUGGAACCCAGCCAGUUCUCUAAAGCUGAGGCAGAUUCCUCAUCGUGCAUGCAGACCAGGACACCCAAAGAUGGUGUUGAUUCAGCAAAGGUGAAAGGAGACAGUGACAUACGCAUCUUUGUAGCCCUCUUCCCUUAUGAUCCUGCCACCAUGUCACCUAAUCCUGAUGCUGCCGAGGAGGAGCUGCCCUUCACUGAAGGACAGAUCAUCAAGGUUUGUGGAGAUAAAGAUGCAGACGGAUUCUACCAAGGAGAGUCUGGUGGUCGUCUGGGCUAUGUGCCGUGUAACAUGGUGUCUGAGAUCCAGGUGGAGGACGAAGAGAUGAGGCAGCAGCUACUGCAGCAAGGCUUCUUGUCUACAUCGGCCUCCAUGGAGAAGAUAGGCUCUCGCACACACGCACAGCUUCCACGCCGCCCUGUUCCACCGCCAAAACCGAGACGUUCCAAGAAAGUGGAGUCUGCAGCACUUUGGGAGGAGAGCAUAGACUCCUCCAGUCAAGAUCCCAGCCAGGCUGCUGCCGCCGCAGGGAGCUCGUCCCCGGGAGCUCGCAGGAUGGUUGCUGUCUUUGAUUACGAUCCACGGGAGAGCUCUCCCAACACCGACAUAGAGGCCGAGCUGACCUUCAGUGCAGGAGACAUCAUACUCGUGUUUGGUGACAUGGAUGAAGAUGGCUUCUUCUAUGGAGACUUGAAUGGACACAGAGGCUUAGUACCAUCCAACUUCCUGCAGGCCUUACCACAGGACGCUCCAGCUGAACAUCUCUCUGCUCCACCUGCACCAGAACCCAGGAGAGACUCACAGGGUACCUGGAUGUCUUCUACAGAGCUACAAAAUAUGGGGCCCUCAACACUAGAAGAUGCUUUGCACCCUCAAACAGAACGUCCUUUCCCUGACCCAGCAGAGCACACAUUCCCUCCACCCAAACUGGCACCCAUUGCAAGCCCCGCAUUGGAUCUGGAUCUUACUCCAGGUCCAGCUGUUGCACCAGCUGCAGUGGAGACCUGCUGCUCCUUUCCAGCCCCCCUUCCAGCACAUGGCCUGGCACAAACAGACUGCUCUGCUCAAGGCAAGAAGAAAAAAGGCUUUUUCUCCAAAGGCAAGAAGCUGUUCAAAAAGCUGGGCUCCAGCAAGAAAGAAUGAGAGUCAGGGGCUGACUCAGAAUACUCACUUCACAUUAAAAGCACUUUUUUAGCUUCACUAUUAGUCUUUUAGAUGCUUUAACCUUCAGUGAUUAUACAUUUGCCUUACACAGAGCACUGCUAGACCAGCUGUUAGAGGACAUUUAAACAUCAGUAUACAGCAUCACAAGAGCAUGCUGAAGUGUGCAAACUCACAAAUGUAUUCUUUAAAUACUCGCCAAUUUUUGCAUAUAUAUAUAUAUACAGUCCUUGUAGUCUCUCAGUUGAUGGGAUUUUUAGCAGAAGAAUCUGAAGCAGAAGGAUGUUACACAGCAAACCUGGCUUCCGCCCAACUCAGACACAGCUAAUAAAAUAUUAGCAUUAAUGUACUGGUGCCACUUUAUUUAUUUGAAGCAAACAAAUAGAAGCAACAGUCAAUCUCCGCCCCAGUGUGAUUAUAAAGAAUGCACUAUCUGUCCUGAAUCGAUGUAUUUAAAAUAUGUUUGCUUUAUCCCUCACACUUUUGUACAGAACUUGUAAUUUAUUUGUAUCAGACUCCUGCCCUAAUCCUCAUGUAUGAAGUGACAUCAGGGCAGGAGAUUAGUCAUACAGAGCUGUCAGAGACAGUGGUGAUCCACUUGUAGUUUAGACCUAGCGGUUUGAAGUUAACAGUCAAUGACUGUUGCGUUAAAGCUACUGUUUAAUGUUAAGAGUGUGUGUGUGUGUGUGUGUCAGUGUAGAUGAAGCUGCCCAGUCUACUGGUGAACUGAAAACUGAUGCCUUUCUCAGAUGUUAACGUGGGAACACCUGAUGUUUGUGGCCACUGGCCUAAUUGUUGCAUACUAUAUGCUUUUUGUCUGUGUGAGUGUGUGUGCAAAAAUGAUAUAGUAUCUUGUGAUAGGCUGGCUGCCCUGGUAGAUCAUUUCAGGAAAAUGUUCUGCUUCAACUAACAAUUAUUUUGAUAAUCAAAUAAUCUUUCCUUUAUACUGUUGAUGAAUGGAUUAAUUGUUUGGGUUUUAAAACAAAAAAAAACUGAAAGCUGCCUAUCACAGUUUCCUGUAGACCAAGGAUGUUUUACUGACAAACAGAUCAAAGCCCAAAGAUCUUUAAUUUACCAUAAUCUAAUUCAAGGCAAAUCUGAAAAUUCUCACAUUUGAAAACCUAAAAUUCAUCAAAUAUUAAUGUUUUCACUUAAUUAACUGGUCAUCAAAAUAGUUGCCAGUUAACUACAGUAUCUCUCCUGUAGUCUGAUGUAGCUGGCCCCCUCAGAGGCCUAACAGGAGGACCACUGGCUAGGAUUGUACUGAAAUAGUUUUCAUGGCACGGGUGUUCUGAAGCACCACUGUGCUGCGAUAGACUUGGCAGCACAUGUUAAUACAUCUAUCCUUUUGUCUCCGUGUGAAGAAUAUAAUGAUGUUUGCCUUGUGUGUGGAUACUGGAUCAGACAGGCUAAGUAGUGUUGCAUCAUCUUUAUCAGCCCAUGCAGUGUAGUGGUGAUUACGUUUUUUGUGGCCACGCAUUUGCAUUAUUUGGUUCAAGCUAAAUGAAAAUGUAGUACAAUUAUUCAGUUUGGAUGUGGAUGCCUGGAGCAGGCUUUAGCAUUCUGUUACAGCACAUGCGGUGAGUGUCCACUCAGUCUGAUUGGAUCUGUUAUCUGUGUGACACAGGGCUGUUAGGACACUUCUCAGGUUUUUUCAUGUAGUUUCUUAUCUAUUUUGAGCCACUGGCUGAUAAAAGCUGCAGAAUAUGCCAAAUUCCUAGGUGCUUUGCCUGUUAGCUAUGAGAGACCAAGUAUCCAGCAGCUUGGAAGUAAUCAGAUGACUAUUACUGACUGAAGCAUGGACAUUAGACCUGGCUUCACUCACAUUGCUGAUGUUUCCCACACAAGUAGACAGUCACACCUAAAGACAAAAGUUGGAGGUGCUGUUUAGGAUGUCAUGGAUGUGUUCAUUUGUCAGUGUUACAUGAAGGGAGCAUGAUGAUGCCAAGUGAGAAAGGGUGGAUGGUUCAUAGAAGACACAUUAUGUAACAUAGAAGCAAGACUGAGUGUACUGUAAUAUCAGGUUUUGUUUUGUUUUUUGUUUUUAUAAAA